AGUUUUAGAAUGCAUGUCUUGAAUUUCUGAGGUAGGUACGAACGGCGGUUGUCUGGUGUAUGAGUUGGAAAUCGGCGAUUGAAUGCGGUUUCCCUCACCAUUUCUCACAAACGGCCACCUUCCAUUAUUCUGUUUGCUCGCCGUAAUCUCUUCUUUCUCAACCCCAAUUACUUUUUACUCAAAGAUCGGCGAGUCUUGAGGCAUUCAGACCUGACCAACUUUUAAGGAUUCACAUCAUUGAUCUUUGAGCCUGGGUCUAGUACGAUCAAUUGAUUCUUGCCAUCGCGCGACUCUACCUUUUUCCUCGCCAGGACAACCUUUCUACAUACAUCCUGUAACACGCCGUGUUCCAAGAUGUUUCGCCGCAAGUGGUCGGGUCUGCCCGCUGAUCCUCAGUUCCCGAGCGAUUUGGAAGGCCUUGGCUACUUCGUUAACGACAUUGACGAAAUUCGAUCCAUCGAGAACCCGGAAAACUACUACAAGUACUUCCUAACUCGUAACAUGCGAUGGAACGACCGUCAGCGCUACGCUAUGAACCAGGCUGUUCAGAAAAUCAUCUUCGACCGUCUAGAAGCCCUAAGAAUGCAUAAGAUUAUUUUGCCUGUUGGCUCACAAGGGGACACAAGCAAGCCGCAUGUCCCUAUUUUUAUCAGUCCCAACAUUCUUAGCGCCUCGCGCGUUGUCGUCAUCUUUGGCGAAACUGUUCAAGACCUGGGCGCGCUUGCGCAUCGAACAAUCGGCGGUCCCGGUGGCAUAACUGUAGGAUCUAUCCUAUCCGUUGUCCAUGGCCUCCAGAAGCAGCGUGCUUCAGCGACAGACUCGCGUCCGCCCGGUAUUAUCCUCGCUAACAUGGGCGAAUUCAUGUGGUCGCCCCAGGAGAAACGCACUCUCACUCGCAGCGCCUUUGAUGCUGCGCCCAUGCAAAGCGCUGUGCACAAUGGUCACACUAUUUCGUCUAAGAACAAGGUCCCUGGUAAUGAGGACGCACAUAAGCAUGUACAUUACAUCUUUGACAAAAUCAUCCCGCAUUUCGCGAGUGACAAAGCGGGUAUUGAUGUCUUGGGUGUGGGCGACGGUGCAGAUAUCGUCGAGCAGUACUUGGACCUGGCACCCGUGUGGAAUAUCUGGAAGAAGCGUAUCAACUGUCUUGCGCUCGUUGGAGGCUUGCUACCACUCUGGGAGUUAGGCAAUCAGGAGUUUAUAAGCACAUUCCUUAGAAACAAAACCCGCGCCUACGCAAUCUCGGUUGAGCAAGUCGGUACGGUUCUCUCAGGUCCGGAUGGUAACCCUAACACCCGAAGUUUCACACAAAUGGGCUGUCCUAUGUUUAGUAGUGGUGAGCCACACUACACCGAACGAACCCUCAUCACCAGUCGUGAUGUUGUCCUGGAAUGGCUCCAAGAGGUUGCUCUAACGCCCGAGGGCCAAGACUACGUGAACCCGUCGUUCAACGUCGUCUUCGCUGACCCCCACUUUGAUAAUGAUCAGGAUUGGGGUCAGGAGCAGAACAACGAAAGUGGCGAAAAGAAUGAGGUUGAGGACGCAGAGGCUAAGGACGAGCCCGAAGAGAAGGAGGAAGUUGGAGAGGCCAAUGGAGAGAAACCUGGUUUAAUUCUCGUGGAACGUCCUGGCUCAUUGAAUGGCAACACGAAGGAUGGCGAGGAUGAACAGGGUGAUGAGAAGGACUAGGUUAAGCUGGAUCUGUUGCGGUGUUUUCAUUUGCGAUUUGUUAUCUUCAUGAUAGCCAUUUGGCUUCCCUGAUACCCAUGCACAAAGGGCCACAGCUACACCUCAGGUAGAAAUUAGCCGGUAGUGCAAUUGACGUUGACUUUGAAAUGUUCAUGAUAUAAUCUGCUAGUAUAACGUC